GAUAGAAUAUUCAAUAACUGUUGUCUCUACUGGUUUAGUAUAACUAUUUUAUAAUGAGUGAAUCUGUAGGGAAGCAUCCAGAUGUUUAUUUAGAACAAGAAAUAAAUGAAGAUUCUUCAAGUUCUAUUGAAGAUGAAAAGCCAACUUCAUUAUGGUCCCGAUUCAUUAAGGCUAUUGAAAUUGAUGAACCAAAGGGUUUAACUGCCUCACAAAUGUUUUUGUAUAAUUAUGAUUUAAGACCUGUUGAAACAGAGAGAAGACAAUGGUCUUGGUAUAAUUAUGUUUUCUUUUGGGUAGCUGAUUCUUUUAAUAUUAACACUUGGCAAAUUGCUGCAACUGGUAUUCAGCAAGGUGGUAUGAACUGGUGGCAGACUUGGUUAUCAGUUUGGUUAGGUUAUGCAUUAUGUGGUAUUUUUGUUAGUAUUGGUGCUAGAGUUGCCAUUAUGUAUCACAUUUCAUUUCCAAUUGUUUCUAGAUCAUCCUUUGGUAUUUUUGGUUCACUUUGGCCCGUUAUUAAUCGUGUCUUUAUGUCAGCUGUUUGGUAUGGUGUUCAGACAUCAGUUGCUGCACCUUGUAUCUCUGUUAUGUUGAGAAGUAUCUUUGGCCAAAAUUUAGAUAAAACAAUGCCAAAUCAUAUUUCUGAUCCUGAUAUUACCACUUUCGGAUUUUUAAGUUUGUUUUUAUUCUGGUUAUUUUCUUUACCAUUCCUUUGGUUCCCGCCUCAUAAAAUUAGACAUUUAUUUACUGUCAAAGCUUAUAUUACUCCAAUUGCUGGUAUUGGAUUCCUUAUUUGGACCUUGAAGAAAGCUGGUAAUGUUGGACCAGUAUUUCACCAACCAGCUACUGUUCAAGGUAGUGCUUUAGCUUGGGCUUUUGUUGAAUCGACUAUGAACGCUUUAGCCAAUUUUGCAACUUUAAUUGUUAAUGCUCCAGAUUAUGCCCGUUUCUCAAAUACUCAUUCAUUUGGUAUGAAAUAUUUGGUAUAUACACUUUCUAUUCCUUUCUGUUUUUCAUUAACUUCAUUAAUUGGUAUUUUGGUUACAUCUGCUGCUCAAGUAAUGUACGAUGAAGCAUAUUGGUCACCAUUAGAUGUUCUUGGUAGAUUUUUGGAUAAUUAUACUUCUGGUAAUAGAGCGGGUGUGUUCCUUAUCGGGUUUGCCUUUGCCAUUGCUCAACUUGGUACUAACAUAUCUGCUAAUUCUUUAUCCUUUGGAACUGAUGUGUCAGCAUUAUUACCUCGUUUCUUAAAUAUAAGAAGAGGUUCUUACAUUUGUGCUGCUUUAGCCUUGUGUAUUAACCCAUGGAAAUUAACAUCUUCGUCAUCUAAAUUCACUACUUAUUUAUCCGCUUAUUCAGUGUUCCUUUCUUCAAUUGCUGGAGUACUUGCUUGUGAUUACUUCUAUAUUAGAAGAGGUCAUCUUAAAUUAACUCACAUGUAUUCUCUUUUCAGACCUGAAGAAAAAUCGCUCGAUUCAAUCUACAGAUAUAAUAAAUUGGGUGUUAACUGGAGAGCUUAUGUUGCUUACAUUGCUGGUAUAUUACCUAAUAUUGUUGGUUUCGUUGGUGCUACCGGAACUCAUGACGUGCCUAUUGGAGCAACUGAAGUUUAUAGAUUAAACUUCUUUAUGGGAUUCAUAGCAGCUUGGUUAGUUUACUCGUUUUUGAAUUAUUUGAGUCCUGUUGAAACUGGAAUUCCGCAGCUUAAACCGUUUGAAAAGGGUUGGUUUGAAGAAUGGCAAGAUGUUGACAAUUUUGAAGAAGAAUUGCAGGGUCUUGUCGUUGAUGGUGUAUCACCUGCACUGGAAUACCAAAAUUAUUCUAGUGGUUACGAAGAAAAGAAAGAUUGAAUUACUUUUUUAGAUUAGUUAUUUUUAUAUAAUGUUUAUUUCUUAUGUUUAUUAGUGUUGUUUUUGCUUUAUUAUAUGUAUUG